GAACCUCCAAAUAGACCUUUAUUCUUUUUAACAGACAGAAAAUGUAAUUUUCUUUCCAUCAGGGAACUCUGAAUGUGAGCAAACAUCGAGUGCAGAACGAGGCUUUCAUCACGACGGAGGGUUUUAUCCACCAAGAACACAGAUCUGAGUUCAGACGUGUUGGUGUUCGGCGGUAAGCAUCGUAACCGAGCCGUGCACGGCGACGUGGUGGUGGUGGAGCUGCUGCCGAAGAGCGAGUGGAGAGGAAGGACGACGUCUCUGACCCAAGGACAAGGAGACGAGAAGAACGAGGACGACGAGAGCAGCGCCAUGCCGACAGGCCGUGUGGUGGGGAUCCUGCAGAGGAACUGGAGGGACUACGUGGUGACUUUCCCCACCAGAGACGGAACUCAGAAUCAGAGCAGGAACUCUCAGCGGAUCCUGGCGAUCCCGUGGGACCGUCGCAUCCCCAAGAUCCGGAUCAGCACCCAGCAGGCUGAAGCUCUGCAGGACCACCGGGUGGUGGUUCGGAUGGACUCCUGGGAGAGCACCUCUCUGUAUCCCAACGGACACAGCGUUCGGGUUCUGGGUCGGGCUGGAGAGCUGGAGACGGAGGUCCAGACCAUCCUGAUCGAGAACUGCAUCCACGUCCCUCCGUUCUCAGACGCUCAGCUCAGAGAGAUGCCGCUGAACUCUCCUGAGAAGCCGUGGAAGGUGGACCCGGUCCAGGUGAGGCGGCGCCGGGACCUCAGAGCGACUCACCUGGUGUUCAGCAUCGACCCGCAUGGCUGCGAGGACGUGGACGACACGCUGUCGGUGCGACGCCUCGGCGACGGGACGCUGCUGGAGCUGGGGGUCCACAUCGCCGACGUCACGCACUUUGUUCCAGAAGGUUCUCUGACCGACAUGGAGGCAAGAACGAGGGCGACCACCUACUACCUGGCUGACCGGCGCUACGACAUGCUGCCAGCGGUGCUCAGCUCAGACCUCUGCUCCCUGCUGGGGGGAGUCGACAGGUACGCCAUGAGCGUCAUGUGGGAGCUGGACGCUCAGACUCUGGCCGUCAACAAGGUGUGGUUCGGCCGGACGCUGAUCCGGUCCUCCUACCAGCUGCACUACGAGCUGGCCCAGGCGCUGCUCAACGGGGAACCGGCCCACGUACCGGAGCUGGCCCAGGUCGCUUCUGAAGACAAGGACGCCAAGUUAGCAGAACUCACCCAGGCUCUGGAGAUGCUGACUCACAUAGCCCGACACCUGAGAGCUCAGAGGGACCGAGGAGGAGCUCUGGAGCUGGAGGGGGUGGAGGUUCGUGCUCAGCUGGACGAGGACAGGAACAUCACAGCUCUGGUUCCCCGUCAGCCUCUGGAGGUCCAUGAGACGGUGGCGGAGUGUAUGAUCUACGCCAACCACUGGGUGGCGCGCAAGAUCCAGGAAAGCUUCCCCUCCCAGGCCCUGCUGAGGCGUCACCCGCCUCCACGACAGGAACUGUUCAGCCAGCUGGUGGAAACCGCCAAGGCCCAGGGCUUCAGCGUGGACACCAGGACCAACAAGGCUCUAGCGGACUCCCUGGACCAGGCCGUGGACCUGCAGGACCCCCUGGUGAACCGGAUGCUCAGGAUGAUGGCCACCCAGGCCAUGUCCCAGGCCAUGUACUUCUCUACUGGAGCCCAGCCUCAGGACCAGUACUACCACUACGGUCUGGCUCUGGACCGCUACACUCACUUCACCUCACCCAUCCGUCGCUAUGCCGACAUCAUUGUUCACCGCCUCCUCAUCGCUGCCAUCGCCAUGGAUACAGGGGCGGAGCCUAAAGCACCGGGCAGCAACAAGGAAGUGGAGGAGACGGCUCAUCACAUCAACAGCAAGAACAGGGCGGCUCAGAGAGCCCAGAACUUGUCCAUGGCGCUGUUCCAGUGUCUCUACUUUAAAGAAAAAGACCCUCAGACGGACCCUCGCUGUGUGGCUGACGCCAUCAUCUACGCCAUCAGAGACAACGGAGUCCUGGUGUUCAUCCCAGAGUACGGGGUGAAGGGUCCGGUCUACCUGAGGAACAAGGAGGGUCAGGUGGUGUCGGUGGGUCCAGACGGCGGCUGUGAUUGGCAGAGCGGCUCCGUACGGCGGCACCACGACCGGAUCAGCACCGAGUCGGCCAGCGGCAGCGCCACCUUCAGGCUGUUCGACCACAUCACAGUCCGGAUCUCGGUCCAGUCCUCCAGCUGCCACGCCGACUCUCUGAACCUGGAGCUGAUCAGGAACCGGCCUCACGGCGGCCUGGAGGCCCAGCGGGGGGGCCGGGGCCAGCUGGUCCAGGAGGUGGUCCAGGAGGCGGUCCGGCUGGUCCAGGAGGCCCAGCAGAGGGAGGCCCGGCCCAGACUGUCCAAGGAGGAGAGGGAGUUCAGUCAGAGCAGAACCCCCAACCUGUACUCUCUGCUGGAGGAGGUGAGGGAGCUGGCGCUGAGGGACCUGGACCGGCCCGAUCCGGUCUGUGCCACGACGGCUUAAAGGGUCCAGAACACGGGAAGGUCACGUAUGACCUGUGGGAACGACUCAGUUUCCUCUCCAGAGCCAAACGUCUGUUCAGCUCCAUCCGUCGGAGCUGCUCCUCGGUCAGAGCCGGAGCUGCUGGAGAUCUCUGAGGUCCUGGAGAUCUCUGAGGUCCUGGAGAUCUCUGAGGUCCUGGAGAUCUCUGAGGUCCUACGGGAGCCGGAGUGGAGCUGAUCGGAGCCUGGAGGUCGUGAAGGAAACCCUCCCUGCUGAACGGAUCCUCAAAGACCUGCAGCUCAGGUGGGGCCUCCUCCUCACCUACACCCACAGAUAUUAAAAACAAAACCAUGUUCUUCAAUAAACCAACUCCCUGAGAACCAAAGUUUAACCUGCUGCUCUACAACCUGACUGUUGGCGCACAAAAACGUCUGUUCUGAAUGAAUUUAGUGAACUUUAUCUGCAUUUGGCAGAUGGAAACCCACCUGAAUCUCUGCUCGAACACAUUUUAAAGCAGGGAGUCAAACUGAUUCUAGUUCAGACCAGUAAAAUCAGAGCCUAAUUAAAGCUGCAAGCAGCGUUGGUCAGGUCAGAGAGUCCAAGCAGGUCCUCCAGUCUAACCCCAGAUUAUUUUAUUUACCUUUCUAACUGUAAAAGGGUUUCUAAGUAAACACAUUUCUAACACUCCAUGUCUGAUUUAUUUGUGAUUUUAACCAUGAACACCCAGUAAAUGGAAAUCUUUAUGAAAAUAUUUACAAGAAAUGUCCAAGUGGCAGCAGAUAAAAAAACAGAUACACUGGAGGCUUGAAAUUUAGAAAAAUAGUUUUUUAAAAGUUCAGUUUAUCAUUUCCACAUCAAAACUUACUGAUCAGUUUAAAAAAAGCACAAAGCAUUCAGUUUCAGGGAUGUGGAGCUGAACUAUCUAAUAUUUUAUAAUCACAACUUUUUAAGGUCUAGAAAUUAUUUUAAAUUUGCAGCUAAUGUUGUCUAUAAUGUUUACACGCCCAGCUUUAAAUUAAUGCUGCUUUCCUCAUCACCAUCUGUGAACUCAUCUUUAUUCUACCUUUAUUUGAGCCUCUUCCAGCUGCUGAAUGCUGCUCAUUCCCAACAUUUAUCUGGUCUCACCUGUAAAGUCCUCAUGUGUCAGCGGCAUGUCCAGUCGGAUCCGUUUCAGACAAGUCUGCACAGAAGAACAAUGAGACGCUGUAAAAACGUCCACAGCAGGAUUCAUGGAAACUCUCAGCAGCUUCUUCCAACCUGAACUUCUUUUUUGCUGCCCAGUUUUUCCACCUUGUCGAUAAAAUCUUCAAACUGCAUUUUAGGAUACAAGCGGUGAGCCCAGUUCUCCAUCUUCUGCAUCAGCAGACGCAGAUUCUCCACCUGAAGAGACCAAGAAAAACCAGGAAGAACUGGUGAGAAACCAGGGGAUUCAUCUAGAAAAACCAGGAAGAACUGGUGAGAAACCAGGGGAUUCAUCUAGAAAAACCAGGAAGAACUGGUGAGAAACCAGGGGAUUCAUCUAGAAAAACCAGGAAGAACUGGUGAGAAACCAGGGGAUUCAUCUAGAAAAACCAGGAAGAACUGGUGAGAAACCACAAGAUUAAACACUAGAAAUAAAUGAGGUGUAGAGGAGAAAAUAAUAGAAUAAAUACAAUGCAGUUGGGACGUUGUAAAUAAAAGAAAAUUACAAUGAUUUUAAAAUCUUUUUCAACCUAAAUUCAAUCAAAUACAGUCCAAAGUCAAGAUAUUUAAUGUUCAAACUCAUACAUUUUAGUGUUUUUCAUGCAAAUAUUCACUCAUUUUGAAUUUGAACAUUAAAUAUCUUGUCUUUGGAGUGAAGUUGAUUGAAUGUAGGUUGAAAACUAUUUGUAAAUCACUGUUCUGUUUUUAUUCACACAACUUCAUUGGAACUGGGGUUUGUAGAAUAGAAUAGCAGAAUCACAAUAAAUUGUGUGUGUGUGUGUGUGUGUGUGUGUGUGUGUGUGUGUGUGUGUAUAUAUCUAUAUAUAUAUACACACACAUAUGUUAAUUUAAUAUAGAAAACUAUACAAAAUGUACAACAAAGUCUGAAACAUGAUGAAUAAAAAUGAAUUAAACUGAAAAAUGCACCGUAAAGUGUCAAAUUCUGACAAUAAAAAUAUAAAUUGAUUAAUAAAAAUACAAAAAUCAGCUCUAAAAUGGGAACUUUUGGUGCAUUUUGUUGAAACUAACUCAGGUGGGAGAAGUUUGGUUUCUAAUAUCUGCUUAAAGUUCUUAAAUCUUUCUUCCCUAAACUUAACCAGGAAGUUUUGUUGUGCAACUGAAAAUAAUUUAAACCAAAUGUUGAUAUAAAAAUAAACGGCUGAUUUUUUCUUUUUAACCCAGAACAUGAAGACACAAGGAUCCUGUCAAUUGUUUUCUAAAAGCAAGACGUAGAAAUCUGAUAUUUAUUAUAUUUGUUGCUUUUCUGGUUGUUUGAAUCUGCAGAAUAAAAUAAAAUAAGCUAAAAUAGGCAGAACACUGACAUGAUAAACUAAUAUAAACGUACGAGGAUUUUAAAUGAUUCAUUCAAGAUGUGGAAGCUUUAAAGUGUGGGACAAAAGAGAUGAUUUUCUUUUCUGUACUUUAUUCUAUUGAGCGUUUCUGUGCCUCAUCGUCUUAAACAGACGUUAAAAUCUCCUCCGUCUGCUGUGUUUGUAGUUCCCACCUCGUGUCCUUUUCCUUUAAAGGUGACGUUGUCAAACAGAGUCCUCAGAGCUGGAAGUCCUCGUUCUGAAAUCAGCCUGAAGAAGAAAAAUCUGUGUUAACAGUUAAAAUAACAAAGAAAUCAGAGGUGGAGCGUUACAAAUGUGUUUACUUAGAAACGCUUCACAGUCAAAAAGCUGCAAUAAAAUAAUCUACAGUCCUCAGUGUGAACUAAAGACUAUUAUCACCAAUAAUCAAACAGAAAAUGGUGAAAAAACGCCCAGAAAUAUUCAGUUUACUGUCAUGGAGGAAAGAAAGCAGAAAAUAUUCAUAUUUCCCCCCCAAAAUGACUGAAAUUAAUGAAUCAAUCAGUUGUUUGGUCUCUAAAAUGUCAGAAAACGGUGAAAAACGCCCGAAAAUAUUCAGUUUACUGUCAUAGGAGAGGAAAGAAAGCAGAAAAUAUUCACCUUGCUUCUUGAAAAAAUCAUUAAAACCAAUUAAUCAUCAGAAUAGCAGAUAGUUAAUUUAAAAGUUGACAACUAGUCGAGCCUGUUAGAAUCCAGUUUGGGUUUUAUUUUAUUAUUUAAACCAGUUAGAAUCCAGUUUGGGUUUUAUUUUAUUAAUUUAAACCAGUUAGAGUCCAGUUUGGGUUUUAUUUUAUUAAUUUAAACCAGUUAGAGUCCAGUUUGGGUUUUAUUUUAAUAAUUUAAACCUGUUAGAGUCCAGUUUGGGUUUUAUUUUAUUAAUUUAAACCUGUUAGAGUCCAGUUUGGGUUUUAUUUUAUUAAUUUAAACCAGUUAGAGUCCAGUUUGGGUUUUAUUUUAUUAAUUUAAACCAGUUAGAGUCCAGUUUGGGUUUUAUUUUAUUCAUUUAAACCAGUUAGAGUCCAGUUUGGGUUUUAUUUUAUUCAUUUAAACCAGUUAGAGUCCAGUUUGGGUUUUAUUUUAUUCAUUUAAACCAGUUAGAGUCCAGUUUGGGUUUUAUUUUAUUCAUUUAAACCAGUUAGAGUCCAGUUUGGGUUUUAUUUUAUUAAUUUAAACCUGUUAGAGUCCAGUUUGGGUUUUAUUUUAUUCAUUUAAACCAGUUAGAGUCCAGUUUGGGUUUUAUUUUAUUAAUUUAAACCAGUUAGAGUCCAGUUUGGGUUUUAUUUUAUUAAUUUAAACCUGUUAGAGUCCAGUUUGGGUUUUAUUUUAAUAAUUUAAACCUGUUAGAGUCCAGUUUGGGUUUUAUUUUAUUAAUUUAAACCUGUUAGAGUCCAGUUUGGGUUUUAUUUUAAUAAUUUAAACUUGUUAGAGUCCAGUUUGGGUUUUAUUUUAUUCAUUUAAACCAGUUAGAGUCCAGUUUGGGUUUUAUUUCAUUAUUUAAACCAGUUAGAGUCCAGUUUGGGUUUUAUUUUAUUAAUUUAAACCUGUUAGAGUCCAGUUUGGGUUUUAUUUUAUUCAUUUAAACCAGUUAGAGUCCAGUUUGGGUUUUAUUUUAUUCAUUUAAACCAGUUAGAGUCCAGUUUGGGUUUUAUUUUAUUCAUUUAAACCAGUUAGAGUCCAGUUUGGGUUUUAUUUUAUUCAUUUAAACCAGUUAGAGUCCAGUUUGGGUUUUAUUUUAUUAAUUUAAACCUGUUAGAGUCCAGUUUGGGUUUUAUUUUAUUCAUUUAAACCAGCUAGAGUCCAGUUUGGGUUUUAUUUUAUUAAUUUAAACCUGUUAGAGUCCAGUUUGGGUUUUAUUUUAUUAAUUUAAACCUGUUAGAGUCCAGUUUGGGUUUUAUUUUAUUAAUUUAAACCUGUUAGAGUCCAGUUUGGGUUUUAUUUUAUUAAUUUAAACCUGUUAGAGUCCAGUUUGGGUUUUAUUUUAUUAAUUUAAACCUGUUAGAGUCCAGUUUGGGUUUUAUUUUAUUAAUUUAAACCUGUUAGAGUCCAGUUUGGGUUUUAUUUUAUUAAUUUAAACCUGUUAGAGUCCAGUUUGGGUUUUAUUUUAUUAAUUUAAACCUGUUAGAGUCCAGUUUGGGUUUUAUUUUAUUAAUUUAAACCUGUUAGAGUCCAGUUUGGGUUGAGGUCUUUUCACUCCUUUUCUUUUAGCUGCAGGAACUUCAGCCAGUUUGGAAACAUCUCCUCCUCCUUCUUCUUCUCCUCCUGCGUUAAAAACACAAACAGAAAGCACUAAUUAUCAUCUGCAGGUUUUUAUUACGUCUAAACUUCUCAUUUACAUGAAUUCUUUGAUAGUUUAAUCGUCUAAACUGGUGUAAAACGUUGGAGGUUCUCCUCACCGUUGGUCAAAAGCUCUCCGUCCUCCCGUCCUCCCCCACCAGGGGACACAGGAGGGGGGAGAGGAGGGAAGGAUUCGUCCUCGUAGUCUGGAAACUCACUCAUGGUCUCCAAGUCCUGGAGAAGAAUCCAGAAUUAAGAGUUUGGAUUCAUUUAGCUGAUCAGAAAACUGCUCAUCUACUGGAAAUCUAACUUUAAAAGUCAGUAAAACCUCCUAUCUCUGGGUACAAACUCUGAUUUUAUGCACUUCUAUGCCAUUUUAACAGUCUAUCAGAUUUAUUUAACAGCUGUCUAAUUGGUAAAAUGUUCUAUUUAUAUUUAAAUGAGAAACUAAACGUUCUUUUUCCUGCAUUUUUCCAGGAGGUCAUUCAGUAAAUCUAUAUUUUCUUAAUUCCAGUUGUUUUCAUUUGAAGUCCUCUGUGGAAGAUGGAUUUAUCCUCUGUGUUCUUUCUGAUGUUUUUAAAUGUUUACAGGUUUCAGUUUGUUCUUAUCUGAUUUGGGUUCUAAAGACUGAACCGACUGUAAAACUUCCAGCUUUGUUUCAUAGAUUUUAUCUGGACUUGGUUUGUUCUGGUCUAACGUCGUCUACGUGUAACGAAACAUUUUACUCUUCCUGUUUUGCUUUUUUACAAAUAGAAUAAAGGUUUCUGAAGUUAGAAA